AACCUGAUCCAGCUGGUGGGCUGAUUGCAGGAAAACUUGGCAGCUUCCCACCCCGGGGGCCUGGGCAGCGCGAGGCUGCGGCCUCAUAAGGUGCAGGGAGCAGGCGGGAGAGGCAGGCUGGCUGGGACGGGAGGCCGGCAGAGGCCGGGCAGGCUGGUCCUCCGCAGGACUCACGGUGAAGGCCCGCUGAGGCCCCAUGCGGUGGGAGGCUCACCAUGCUGUCGCGGGCGCCCUCGCUGCUUGCCUUUCUUCUUCCCACCCUCCUGGCCCAGGGAGAAGCCAGGCACCACGGGGGCCUCUGGACCCACAGCACCAGGCCCGCCCUGCUGAGGCUGUCAGACUACCUCCUGGCCAACUAUGACAAGGGCGUGCGACCCGUGCGGGACUGGAGGAGACCCACCACCGUGUCCAUUGACGUCAUUGUUUACGCCAUCCUCAGCGUGGAUGAGAAGAAUCAGGUACUGACCACCUACAUCUGGUACCGGCAGUACUGGACCGAUGAGUUCCUCCAGUGGGACCCGGGAGACUUUGACAACAUCACCAAGCUGUCCAUCCCCACGGACAGCAUCUGGGUCCCCGACAUUCUCAUCAACGAGUUCGUGGACGUGGGCAAGUCUCCAAACAUCCCCUACGUCUAUGUCCGGCAUCACGGUGAGGUCCAGAACUACAAGCCCCUCCACGUGGUGACCGCCUGCAGCCUGGACAUCUACAACUUCCCCUUCGACGUUCAGAACUGCUCCCUGACCUUCACCAGCUGGCUGCACACAAUCCAGGACAUCAACAUAUCCCUGUGGCGCUUGCCGGAAGAGGUCAAGUCCGACAAGAGUGUCUUCAUGAACCAGGGCGAGUGGGAGCUGCUGGGGGUGCUGACCCAGUUUCGGGAGUUCAUGGAAAGCAGCGACUCUUACGCGGAAAUGAAGUUCUACGUGGUCAUCCGCCGGCGGCCCCUGUUCUAUGCUGUCAGCCUGCUGCUGCCCAGCAUCUUCCUUAUGGUCAUGGACAUCGUGGGCUUCUACCUGCCCCCUGACAGCGGGGAGAGAGUCUCCUUCAAGAUCACGCUCCUCCUGGGCUACUCGGUCUUCCUGAUCAUCGUGUCUGACACGCUGCCGGCCACCGCCAUCGGCACGCCCCUCAUUGGUGUGUACUUUGUCGUGUGCAUGGCUCUGCUGGUAUUAAGCCUGGCGGAGACCAUCCUCAUCGUGCGGCUGGUGCACAAGCAGGAGCUGCAGCGGCCUGUGCCCGCCUGGCUGCGGCACCUGGCUCCGGACAGGCUGGUCCCGCCACUCUGCCGAAGGGGACAGUCAGCCUCCCAAAGGCCCCCAGCCACCUCCCAAGCCACCAAGACUGAUGACUGCUCAGACAUGGGGAACCGCUGCAGCCCUCGGGGAGGACCUCGGGACUUGGAGGGGACCCCGAGGGGCAGGGGCAGCCCUCUGCCCGCGCCCCGGGAGGCCUCGCCGGCCGCGUGCGCAGUGCUGCGGGAGCUGUCCUCCAUCAGGCACCUCCUGGAGAGGCGGGAGGAGGGCCGGGAGGUGGCCAGGGACUGGCUGCGCGUGGGCUCUGCGCUGGACAGGCUGCUCUUCCGCAUCUACCUGCUGGUGGUGCUGGUCUACGGCGCCACGCUGGUCGCCCUCUGGUCCAUCUGGCAGUGUUCCUGAGGGGGUGCGGCCCAGCGGGGCAGGGGCAUGAAGACCCUGGUGAGGAUGGGGUAGGAGGACUUCAGGGCCCAGGGGAGCCCGGCGCCAUUCCCAAGUCGCCUGCACGCUUGCACCGCUGUUCCCAAAGCCAGCUCUUCUCCGCAGCCCCCAGCAGGGCCUCCACUCUUCCCCAGAGCACUUGUGCUCAAGACCUUCACCUCCUGCCUGCCCCUCGUUAGCUCUGAAACAUGCUGUCUCAGAUCAGGCGAAACCCGCGCAUCCCCUGGCGUCGCUCUGUGUACCUGUGUCCCCGGCCUCAGUGUCCCCACUGACACUCCUUUGAACAGGGCACUUUGGCGUUCCGCGCAUCUCUCUCAACCUUGUUUUUAGAUUGAAGGUAAACUGGCUCUCUGCCAACAGCAAUGAUAACUCAGCAUGAGGUCCGUCUAACCCCACUGUCCCUGUCACCUCUAACCCCAGUGUCCCCGCCACCUCUAACCCCACUGUC